AUGGAUCUAUCCAGCGACCAGCUGGACCUCCCGCCCCCGGCAUGUCAUUGGCCGCUGUCUGCACAGUGGGCUCAGAGUGAUAGGACAAGCGACCAAUCACAGUGUGGCUGGACUCAUAGUUCUCACGCUCCCAAGUUAAGGCAAAGGUAUCAGGUACAGAGGGGAUCUGUGUGUGUCUUUAUCGCCACCUCGUGGUGACAUCUGUGAUGACACGUGAUUAUCCACAAUGACUAUUGAUUCCUUAUAGGGUCUGUUAGAUAAAGACUAUUUGUAAUAUUGGACACAUUUACACAGCUCUGAGCCUCAGGAGUGUCCCUGUCCUGCAAUACAUGUCAUUCUAGAGUUUAAUCUCCUUAACAGGGCCAGACAUUGGGGCACUAACCUGCUGUCACACCCAUGGGGAUGUGGCCCCCAAUCCUAUUCCUGGCUGUCCCACCCUUGGUCAGUAAUAUGAUCCCAAUCCCUCUGAGAUUGGUCUGCAGCUCCCAUCACUCCCAGACAGGAAUACCAAGAGAGAAAUACAAACUGAGACCACCCAGGUGCAGUAUAAAUAGAAAUAAAGAUAAUUAUGUGGUAAUGGGGGCUAUUUAUAGAUCAUUUUAAAAGUUGUACAUUUACAAUGACCUCCCUUGUAAGGGUGUUACCUUAACAUACACUACGCAUGAGUCACACAUUACAUUUUUGUAUUUGAACUUCAAUGGCAUAAGGCAGGGGUGUGCAAAUGUUAGAUCUCCAGAUGUUGUUGAACUGCAGCUUCCAUGAUGCUUUGCAGUUCUAGAGAUUAGCAAAGUUUCUUGAAAACUUCAGUUGUAGAACGUCUGAGGACCUGCCUUUGGUCAUCGCAGUCAUAAUGUAUUUCAUAUUUACACAUAAUUACCAUGAAAAAGUUAAGGGAUAUCAUCAUGCCAGCAGUACUCACCAUCCACCGAGGAUCAGAAAUGUCUCCAUUGGGAAUGUAUACGCAUUCACACAAAUUGCUCUCUACUUAAGGAAUUUUUGAGGUAAUCCCUGUUGCUUACUGAUAGAUUAUGAAAGAUUAGAUCUAGAAACAAGUGAUUUAGAUAGUGUCCCAUAAGGUGAUAAUAUUCUAUCAGGAACUCCUUUUACAUCCCCAGUUACAGGCACGAGUUGCUACUCUUGUUACCAUUACACUACUUUAGAACAUACCGGAGAUGACUACGGUUUGUUGAGCUUUCUAACAUCUGCUACAUUAAAAAGAACAGUUAGAAGGUUCACAUAAGAACCCUCUUAAUUCUGGGAAUAUUAAGUGUGGCCACCAUAAAGGGAUUCUCUAGUGCCAGGAAACAAACCCAUUUUCUUGGCACAGUAGAAUCUUGAAGGGCCCCCCUUCCUCCCGCCCCCCAUCCCAUGUUGCUGAAGGGGUUAAAACCCCCUCAGUCACCUGAAUCCAGCGCUGAUGUCCCUCGGCAAUGGCUGCGCGUGCAUUAGACCUCCCCAUAGGACAGCAUUAUUAUAUUAUUAUAUAUAUGGGGAUUCCAGCAACGAUGGAGGUCCUCAUGCAUAGCGUGAGAAUGUCCAGCAUUGUUUAGGUGACCAAAAGUCGUCUAAGAAGCCGGAAGACAGGCACUAGAGGAGGACUUAACCCAGCAAGGUAAUUGUUGCAGUUUAUAAACACUGCAAUAAUUACGCGAAUGAUGAGAGUUGGCACCCAGGCCACUCCAAUGAGCUGAAGUGGUCUGGGUAAAAACAAAUAAAACGUUACCUGCGCUCUGGCCUAAAUCCCCAUGUGCAUUUAAACAAAAAUGGAGGCUCUUUAGUUUAAUUCUAAUGGCCAUUUGAAUAUAUAAGCUCACCUGCAACGUCAAGGCAAGCCUCAAUAGGUGAGUUCCUACACUAGCCAUUAGAUAUGCUGAUAUCAGCCAAGAGUCUCCAGUGAGACAGGAAGGGGUAUUUUAUAAACCCUUUAACAUUUAACCCUUUAUAGGGCUUCUAUACUCACCUAUUGAGGCUUGCCUUGACGUGGCAGGUGAGCUUAUAUAUUCAAAUGGCCAUUAGAAUUAAACUAAAGAGCCUCCAUUUUUGUUUAAAUGCACAUGGGGAUUUAGGCCAGAGCGCAGGUAACGUUUUCUUUGUUUUUACUAUGUAUUUUAAGCUGUUGGAUACUAAGCCACUGCUGCUGUAAGCGCGGUGCUUUAUCUUUGUGUUUGUAUAUGAAGUGGUCUGGGUGCCUACAGUGUCCCUUAAUUAUUUAAUAAAUGGUUACAUACUACAUGGAGCCACUUUUUUCAGGUCCGGGUUUAAUCUUUCCUCACACAAGGUCCAACGCCACAUCACAUGUAGCACAUCACAUGUAGUUUAUUUGUUGACACAUGGAUGUGGUUUACAAUAUGUGGGACAGACUAGAAGGCCCCUAAAAUCUAGCUUUAGGGAGCAUAGGAAUUCUUAUAUUACCAAUAAUAUCAAUAGCACUCUUGUAAUUUACUCUAGUAACUUCCAUAAUCCAGACAAUAACAGUCUAUCAGCUAUGGAGAUUGUUUGCACACCUCCACAAGAUGAUCCAACUACAAGACUCAUAAAACUACUAUAUGUGGAGUCAAAGUGGACUUAUCUUUCCGAGAUGCAAGCCCCUACAGGUCUGAAGGAACAAUUGGAUGCACGUUUAAUUUGAAUUCCUAUAUUUUAGUCCCAGGAUUGGACGUUUCUUUUGACUCUCACCGAGGGUCCUCACUACUAUUUAUGUGGACUUUAUUUUGGAUUCCAUGAAUUCCACUGCUAAGGUUAAUUAUUAUGGUUUUAAUACAUUUUGAUCAUUUUUAGAUUAAUUUCCAUUUUAUGUUGUUUACGGUCUGCAUUCCACUGUACUUUCAUUCACCAAAUCCUUUUUUUCUUCCCCCUGCAAGUUUGGAGGAACUAUGGCUUACUCAACAGGGGUACAUUCCUACUAGCCAGGGCUGAACUGUCACUCGCCGAUGGAAGGUGGAAAUUCUGAGACCUGUAUACAGUAUAUAUAUAAUACAUUAUAAGUAUGCAGAAUUCAGAGACAGUAUAAGACAUGCUAUAUAAAUCAUGAUUCUGUUACUAUAAACUGGAAUCCUGAGCCUUUAUUCGAAAUAGAAAUGUUGUGGGUUUUCCCCGGUUUUAUUUUUAAAAAGAUUUUUAAAAUAAAUCUUGAAAAGACUUCUAUUAAAGGUAAAUUGGAUGGUAAAUUAUGUUACUGUCCCUUUAAAACUGACACCUUCAUUUUCAUUGGACUAGAAUUUUAUGGAUGUGCUCAUAAUCAACUGACACAGCCAGAGCCUGGGCAGAAAAUGUUACACAGGUGCAUUGAUGUCAUUUACAUGACAUAAUCAACUGACACCUUAACUAAGACUAUGAUGUGAUGUUUCAUGCCAGUCAGUAUCUAUGCUGAGCACAGAGCAGUACUGAUCGCUUCCCUUGGCUGGUGUGAUAGAUUCGGUUUAGCUCCUUAUUGUUGGACUAAUCCUUUAGCCUGCUUGGCCAAGGCUCUUUGACACAAACCGUUGAAUAUGUAAGUAGAAAAUUAAAUGAUCAUUCAGUUACACCGUGGCCAUUUCAAAAGCAAUCCACUGGGAGCUUGUGCCAGGGGGUUAGAAACUGGGUUUUAGGUUAAGAAUUUACAAGGUGGGAACACUAUUUAAACUGGCAAUGCCACCUAUGCUGGUCAUUUACUGGUCAAUAUCUGCCCAGGUUCCAGAGAGGACAGAUAUGUACGCUUCAAUUCAAUAUUGUUGGGUAAACUUUGCAAAUGAUUUAAUAUUUUUAGAUAAACUUUAUUUUUAAAAUAUUAAAAUAUCAAAAAUAUAUAAUAUAUCAAGAUAUAUAAAUAAAUAAAAAAUUAUUUAAAAAAAGCAACAAAAUUAAAAUAGUUUUAAUAAAAUUAGUUAUUUUGAAAUAUUUUACCAAAAAUAUGAACUCAUUUGGAUAGCCUAUCCAACACUAUUACAUUGAGUCCGCAGUCAGAUAAGACGGCAUGCUAGGUGAUAUCGAUCAGAUUUAACACAGGGAUUGUGUUACUCCGGCCGGAAUAAUACAAUUUCCUUUGUUGUUGUGUAUUUAAUGCUCCCAGGGUUUAAUAAAAAUAUCUUAAUUUUUAUACCAAACACCUAAGGGGACCCAAGGAAAUAUCUCUGUUAGUAUUAUUUUGCUUUUGUAGAUAUUCGUUUUAAAAUCAGCGUUUAUUGCCAAAAGUUCGCCACUAGGUUUUAGUUUGCUUUAACUUACUUUUAGAGAAAAAACAAAAAACGUGUGUGUCUCAGGCUCCCUGGUAAUCAUUCACUGUAACAAUAUUUACCAUCUCUGCCGGUUCACCAUUCCCUGCGUCUACAUCUCUUUGUGUAAAAGAGUUUGAUUCUAGCUUUUUAUCCCAGUUGGACUCUUUUCUCCAGCCUGUGCUAUAUGUAGGGUUUCAGUGUAUAUUUAUUAGUAUUAUAGAGCAGAUCUUUCAAUAGUCCUCUUUAUAUCUGAGUAAAUGUAUUCCUGUCUUUCUGUAGUAGGUUACCCAGUACGGCCAUUCUAUUCUCUGGAACCACUUGGAAACCAUCCGUUUUGCCCCCAAGAAAAAAAUCUCGAAAGAUAACAAACAGAGGUUCACUUCUUUCCACACUUAGUUCCUUAAGUAGUCGUGGUCCUCCCACACAAUAUGGAUUUUUUAAUAAUUAUAAUAGAUAAUUACUCUUAUUGCUAAUAGUCAUAAAUACAAUAUAAAGGACUGGUUGCAUGACAGGUGCAGAGUCGCCAUAUGGGCAGGCGGAACCAGGACAAAACCCCCCACAUACCUUUCCCAAUAAAACACGGACACUACAAUUGUCCACAGCUUUUAUUAAAUAGUAAUAAAUUAACAUAGAAAAAGGUCAUUGCCCCAAACCCUGCCAUCACAUCCACGUCCUUCAGUUAGAUAUAAAAGGCAAUGACCCCAAUAUAAAUAACAUACAUUUUAAUUAACCAUGGUAGGUAUAUACCCGGAUACCCCUACCCCACCAGGUUCUGAGCCACCGACAGGGCUCGAAACCUACCAAACUUACCAAUAACCGUAUUCAACCAUUUCCAUAACCAUCCUAAUGGGGAGCCCAUUUCCUAUCCUUCAGCUCCCUAUCCCGCCUGUGACAGAACGGGACAACCCAACCUUAUCCAUAACUCAGGGAGGGACAAACUCAGCCAGGUAGACAAGUUAAAAGGGAUUUUUCUAAGAUGGCUGCCUAUUUAUAUAGCCAAACUUUUAAACUCCUAACCACCAAUCCCUACAUACUUCCUCCUAUGCCAGCCUCCUAGCCUCGUCAAGGCCCCUUUCCACUAAGCUGCGCUUUUGCUACAUGGGGCUACAUGAUGGAUCUCUGAGGACAAUCACUAUGAACUGCUCUAUUCACAAUUGUGAGUGUAGUACAUUGUGAAAGAAAUGUAUCUACGUUUAGAUCUGGUAUAUCCACUGUUCCACCUUCCAAAGUUUUAAUACCAAAGAUAUUUGUCCAUAUUUAUUACUCUAGCACAAAGCGUCCUACACAUGUGCUUACAUUACCAGAUAUGUGCUCAUGCUCGCUAGUUCAGUCAGUGCGCUGAGAAUCCUAACGCCAUCUGUUUACUUUCAGGGCUAGUGUGACCUGGUCAGAGACCGAGGAUUCGGAUGUGACUUCUCGGUUAAAACCACGAGAAAUUAAGAGACAUGAGGCAAUACAUGGUAAGUGUUACAAUGAUUAUACACCUAGAAUAAAGUGUGAUGGGUUGGGUGUGUAUCUGGGUAAUUUUCAUACAUAUCUCCAGCUAUUUCCUUUAGAAACAAACACAGGAGAUUGCUUGAGGGCAGCAGGGGGACGAACGGUAGCAGGGGGACGAAUGGUAUCUGAUGUUAUUAAACUGCACAGAGAGACACUUUAUGCCAUAUAUGUGGAAGGGAUGGUGCAGGGGAUAAUCAAUGGCGAAGCGCCAGGCUGUCCUUGUUCUAAUCACUUUAUUGCAAACUCCACGUAUUUUUAUACCUGCUCUGCCCACAUCCUGCUUAUUCCGUGAUAACAACACUUGUCAUUUAUUUAAAUUACGUCCUGCACUCAAACUCCCACUACUCCCAUCUUUGACAACAUGGGUUUAAUUCAGGGACAUCAUGCCAAACUAAUCUUAUUGAUUUUUUGGAUUGGGUAACUAAAAUAAUAGAUCAGGGUGGUGCAGUAGACAUUGCUUACCUAGAUUUCAGUAAGGCUUUUGACAGUGUUGCACAUAGAAGGCUUAUCAAUAAACUGCAAUCUUUAAGUUUGGAUUCCAAUAUUGUUGAAUGGGUAAGGCAGUGGCUGAGUGAUAGGCAACAUAGGGCUGUAGUCAAUGGAGUAUAUUCUAAGCAUGGGCUUGUCACUAGUGGGGUACCUCAGGGAUCUGUACUUGGACCAAUUCUCUUUAAUGUUUUUAUUAGUGAUAUUGCAGAAGGUCUUGAUGGUAAGGUAUGUCUUUUUGCUGAUGAUACUAAGAUAUGUAACAGGGUUGAUGUUCCAGGAGGGAUAAGCCAAAUGGCAAAUGAUUUAGAUAUAGUAGAUAUUGGUGCGGUGUAAGUGACAAGGACCUACACCUAUAAGUGGAGCGCUCAAACACAGAUAAAUCUUACCAAAACGUAGUCUCAUUCAAUGGUAAAAUAUGGGGUACAUGUCAAAAUAAAAUACAGAAAAUACAAUAUAGUGUAGAUGGUACUAAAAAAUGGCUUCACAGUGAUUAUAAUAAUAUCGUGUUGAAUAUUACACUCACAUUUCAAGGAACCUGUAUAUAGAAAACACUGGCUCCGUAUAAAGGCUUGUGUGCUGUUAUGGUAGCAGCACCCUCCUACUUCGGCUUGAAGAAUUUCUCGAGAACACGAAAAAAGAGAAGAAAGCAAACCAAUGUGUAGACUUAUGGUGAUAAAUGACACAGAUAUGUGUUCAAUAAAUGGGGUGCUCACCUGGUCCUGAGCCUACGAAUCCCGGCUCUAGGUAUGUGGAUUUUGUGCCAAUUUGAAUGGGGAUGGCACUACCCCUGUGAGGAUUCCUUGGAGGCUCCAAAAAGAACUUGGAUGAGGUAUUGAAUGAAAAUGGUGAAUUUAUAAGUUUAAAAUAAACAUAAAAACAAAGAUGAUAAAAGUCCUCAAAUAAAAGUCCUUUAAAAAUGGCCAAUACGUGUUUCACUCUCAAAUAGAGCUUCUUCAGUCAGCUGUAAUGUUGGUCCUCUGAAUCCUCCAUUUUAAAUGUCAUCUGGGUCUUCCCCUUUAAUGAGUUAAGUUCAUUCUGUCCAAUCAGAUUCAAUCAGACACCGCACCAAUAUCUACUAAAUUUAUUCAGUGGAAUAGAGGAUAUUUCCACACUAGUGUAUUGAGCUGCCUGUAAAUCACUUUUUGACUCUUUUGAGCACUUUUGUUAUACACACUCCUCUGUAAAAAGAGGCAACCUUUGAUUGGUAUUCAAAUGAUUUAGAUAAACUAGAAAAAUGGAAAAAGACAAGACAGGGGGAUAUGAUAGAAACUUAAAUACAUAAAGGGAAUCAACACAGUAAAGGAGGAGGCCAUAUUUAAAAGAAGAAAAACUACCACAACAAUAGGACAUAGUCUCAAAUUAGAGGGACAAAGGUUUAAAAAUAAUAUCAGGAAGUAUUACUUUACUGAGAGGGUAGUGGAUGCAUGGAAUAGCCUUCCAGCUGAAGUGGUAGAGGUUAAUACAGUGAAGAAGUUUAAGCAUGCGUGGGAUAGGCAUAAGGCUAUCUUGGAUAUAAGAGACUCAUGAAAGUAUUUUAGAAAAUUGGGCAGACUAGAUGGGCCAAAUGGUUCGUAUCUGCCGUCACAUUCUAUGUUUCCUGGGUGGCACCAAUGACUGUAGUACACAUCAGCUCCAAUUUGUGUAAAUAAAACAAACAAAAAAGUUACUUUUGCACUCUCCCAAAUCCCUAUGCACAUUUAAAUAAUUGGAGGUUUUUAGUAUCCAAUGGCCUUUCAAGUGUAAGCUCACCUGCCAAGUCACGGCAAACCUCUUAGGCGAGUCCUACACUAACAAUUCACAUUGCUGUAUUCAGCUAAAAGAUAAAAUCUCUAAUGAGAUGGAAAGGGGUACAUUAUGUGACAAUGAGUUACAAUGUCAGUCAAUGUGUUAUCAUAUUUGUAAUGGAGCCCUAGUCCUAGCACGGACUCUCCUCCGCUAGGUACUCUAAGAUAUACUCAGGAAUAAGUAGAAUACUCCAAUGUAACAGCCCAACACAGUAAAAUAAUCCAGGAAUCUCCCACCUCAUCUCCAGCAACUGGACGACACUCAGCUCUGAGGGUAUAACUGAUUUUUAUUGUCACAUACAUGGCUUUUAUGCCAUCUCCCAUGCAAGGAGUUUCACAGACAGAAAAUGCAAGGGUUUCAAUCCCAGGAUCCUUUGUGUCUGAGAGAUAAUUGCCCGUGUAAACUUCUCCAAUUUUAUUAUUUCUCAAGCACAAAAAAUCCCAGAAAUAUCCCUUACCCCAAAAGUCCCCCAACCAUACAUAGGAAUCCCACAAAAAGUACAUUCACUGAUAGCCCCGAUCUGAGUGACCAACGUGACCAACAUAUCCAAGAAUCACUCGGUUCGUUAGAACAAGAAUGGCAUCGUGUGGAAGAUUUGACGGGCCAGACAUGAGGUGGUAGCCUGAAAAUAGUUCCAGGCUGGUCUCUGUUCGUGAGGUUCCUGUGCGAACACCAUACAAGGGAAUCUCUUGCUUUCACAAUACGAAUGCUCCCCCUGUUUGGUACUUUAUAUCUCCCGAACACCGUUCGUGAAAUAACAGGGGGGAAAGAUACGGACAGCCAUUAAAGGGAAAUAAUAAUAGCUUGUAAACGUCCAUUCCACUACAAUAUUAAAGGAUAAGAAUGUGGGAUAUACCCCAUAACACUUCCUGCCUAAGGGUUCUUACAGCCUUAUAAGAGCAACAAGGUAACUAACUGCGCAGAUUGUACCCCAAAACACACAUUCCCAAAACUAUUGAUCCCCAACAAGUUGGUUUGGUGUACACAGAUAAUUGUAUAACUCACAGUGUUCCCUCUGUUCAUGUUUCUAUAAGAGGAUUAGUACUGAAACAGUUAAUAGGAAUCACUAGAACAACCGCAGCCUCCAUCUUGUAUGAAGGUUUGUAAGUCAAAUCUGGAUUUCUUAAUAUGUUUUCUAUUAAUGGUUUUAUAACUUGUCUUCCCAUAACAAAGCACUGAUCAUGUUAAAUACAUUCUCCUAUCUCCGCUCUAGAACUGAUUGUGACUGAAGAGUCCCACCUUCGUUCUCUCCGUGUUCUGAACUCUGGAUUCCACCAGAAGUCAAUCAGCGAGGCAUUGCUGUCUCCGCAUGAAGUGAAGCUGGUCUUCCCUAACCUUCUGCAGCUCAUUAAUAUCCACAGUAAGAUUUGGAACAUUUUUAAUGUAUGCAGUAAAACUGAACAAAUGCCUUAAAGUUAAGGUGAAUGUAAUUGUGACUGGACUGAUGGAAGGUUAGGAACCCAUUAUAGGGACUCUAAAUAUAACACCACUUAUAUUUGAAGUGUAUUUGUUACUUUUUCAUCAUUUUCUGCAGACCAGCAGCUUCUCGGCUGACAGUCAUUUAUUAUUAAGCCUUGAGUAAAACUCAGUGAGCCCCAAACUGAUCAAAUUGGUGCCCAUAGUGUGCUUUUAAUAAGCUAAGAAUUAAAAAUGAAAUUCACUAAGUGCUGGGAUCCAUACUUACCACAAAGGUAUCCUGACUGUCCAUGGUACUUGAUACCAUAGAUUAAAUAAAACCAUGCCAGGCCAUUCAGGGGGAAAUAAGAGGAAUUCCUCAACUGGAGAAUGGCUGCAUUGUCACAACUAGGCCAUUUGCUGUCCCUAAGUUUCUAUAUGUAACCUAUAUAUUCUAAGUGGUCAGUCUACCACUGUCAGCCAUCUGUCAUAGAGAUAUUCAAUUUAUGAGCCACCUAUGGAUGAGUAAUUAGCUCUUAAUGUUAACAAUGAAACAUGUUAUCAGUAAACUGCAGCCUACUGUGAGGAUUUACACACAAAGCAGACUAUUGUAGCUCAUAGGGCACACAUCAAGCAUUGAAACACACAGUGGAUCGAUUAUCAGGAGGGCACUAUAAAUACUGAGCUACAGAAGAUGUAAAUCUUUCUCUCCUAUGAUACUCACAUCUCUUCUCCUUCCCUCCAGACUCCCUCCUGGAAUCAACGAAGGAGGUGCUUGAAGGUGGAUUUUAUGUCAAACCAAUUGGUGGAAUCCUACUCUCCCACGUGAGUACUAAAAAUCAGAAAUACUGUCAUACAAUAUCAGUUACCUAUUACGAAAAAUGUAAAAAUUCUUCCAUGGAUGGAGUAUGAGUAAGGAUGUCCUAGCUGUGAAAUACGUCUGAAGUAUUUCUUCUGGAGACAUUAACAGCAACAUUCCAAUAGAGAUACAGUUUUCAUUGAUAUCGUGUUACUUCUGUCAGGAAACCAUUAAGGAAGAAUUUAUAAGAAUUCCACAGAGAUGUAUUAGUACCCAGGGUUGAGUUGUGUGUGGCACCCGCUCAUAAUUUAACAUUUGUGUAUAACUACAGCCACUGUGUCUCUCUCCCACCUCUUCUUUGUAUUUUCUGACUCCGUCGCUCCAACUGUUGUCUUUUUUGUCAUGCCCCAUGUGUCUCCUAUUCCUCAUGUUCAUGUCUUUUGACCCCUUUAUGUUCUGUGUGUCUCUCUUCCUUCAUCCCGUUACUCAGUCUGAACUCCCUCACCAGUAUAUGUGUCUCUUGAACUCCCUCAUCACCUUGUUUGUCUCUCCUGAACUGCCUCAUACCCUUUUACAUCUCUCUGAGAUUCCUUUUAUCUCUACAACCCCCGACUACCUCUGUUCCCUCCAUUAGCUACCACCUGCAUGGAUUGUCUAGAGAAAAACGCAGCUCAGGGUGAGCAGGUGAGGGCAAUGGGUAGAAAGGAGGGUAUAAUGUUAAGUCCUUGUCCCCUCCACUCAUACUGCAUGUUAUGAACUCUGAGCAACACUGAAAGACCUUGCGGAGUAGUAUGAAUAGACUCAGGUACAUACAAUGCAGAGCCAGGAGGUGGAUACUAUCUGAACGCGUCUUCCAACUGUCACCCGGGGUGGACCCUGUUCCUUUGUACAUUACUGGAAUUCGGUAACUAAUUUAAUGGGAAGGAUUGUUCAUCUAACAGCAGGUACUUCAGAACAAAAAGGAGCUGGUAACAGAAACUCAUCUUCAUUUCUCUCCUAUGCCUUCUCCGUGUUAACAUUACGCUAUCUCUUGUUUGUCUGGGUUUUCUAGUUUGACAGAGCUUCUGAUGACAUAGUGAAGGAAACAGUGAAGUUUUGCUGUAACCAGAUCUCUGCGCUGGAACUGAUUAAGAGCAAAAAGCGCAAGGACACCAGGUUCAGGAGAUUCAUUCAGGUACUACGUCUACCACCAGAUAGAGGGAUCCUUAUAUGUUUUACUACACGCCUUCCCUCCUCUCCUACAGGACUUGGACCUGAUAGUUUCCAUCCAUUGUUAAGUCAGUGAUACAUAGUGCUAUAGGAUUUACAAUGUAACAUGUCACUGUUCCCCAACUUCAGUAGAUGGUACCAGUGAAUGUCCCCCAGCACACUGCUUUGUAAUUUCAGUGGAGUUUUAUUCAGCCAUCAAAUCUAUACCUUGAUUCAUUUUGACACGUUUGGAUGCCUUCAUCGAGCUACAAGGGUUUGACUGCUGAAUAAAACUCGUCUGAGAUCACAGCAGAGCGAUGAGGAAUAUUUACUGAGAUUAAAAAAUAUGGACAUUUAUUGAAUAUAAACAUUCUUUCAGUGUCAUAAACCAGCUUAAAAAUAAAAAGCAACAAAAGUCAAAUGUAAUAAAAUAACACGUACAUGCUGUUAAGAGCAUUUAAAAUUAUAAAUAUAUAUUUUCUUAGUUUGCUGCAAUAUGUUUAUGUUUAUGCGUAUUUCUUACAAUUCUUUACUUAUCUCACCUUUAAUUAGGUCUCAUCUUCUUCUUAAGCCGUAUUAAUCAUUGAUUAUCUACGUCUGUGUUGUAAUUGCACUAUUUUCAGAGUUUUCUUUCUUUUCUUUUUCUUGUUCAUCUGUUCUUUGUCGUCCAUUAAACCCAGAAUGCAGACCGUGACCCUGCCUGCAGCCCCCAACUCCUUAAAGACCUGAUUAAGUGUGAGAUGCAGCGUGUUACCCAAUAUCCUCUGCUUCUGGAGAAUAUCAUUAAACAUACAGAAGGUGAGUCCAUCUAUUGCCUACUAACUUUCAGUCACGUUCACGUUGCUCUAAUAACAUCAGCAACAUCUUUCUAUUAGUUACAUAGUAAUCAUUGCUCACAUUUUUAUUAUUAUUAUUUUAUAAAUUCCGCAGCGCUGUAAAUAUUAUCCCCUGUACUGUCCAUGGCCUUUCCCGUAAUAGCUCUCGUAGGACCUUCGUUAUGGGUCUAACCAUCUCUAGGGUACAGCUUUAUAAUAAUGACCAGUGUAAAGAUAAUAUAUAUAACCCAGAAUCUUUACUUUAUACAAAUCUCACAGGAUCAGAGGAGAUUGAACACCUGCAUUUCUGCCUGCAACAGUGCUGCGCUCUACUAAAAGAUGUAGAGGCAUCGAUGACCAGGAUUGAGAAUCAACUAACCCUGGCAGAGAUUCAGAAAAAUCUGGAUACAACGUCUCUAAAAAAGAGCAAACAUCCCACGGCAGCAGAGUUUGCAGUAAGCCUGGGGGUAUUAUAUUCCAUAAUUCUAGGAGGCAGGUUGGCAAAUAUUAACCCAGGGGACAAACCAGUGUAGACAAUGUGUGGAAAUAUUCCAGCCAGAGCGCACGUGCUGUAAGAGUGUCAUAGCGCCUCUAGUGUUUAUAACUGGAACUGCACAAUAUAUAUAUAUAUAUAUAUAUCUUUAUUAUAUCUAUCAGAUCAGUAAAUCAGUAACACAGUAAAUUUCUUCUCAUAUCCACAGGACUUGGACCUCACUAAAAAACGUUUGAUCCAUGCAGGGCUUCUGACAUGGAAGAGAGCAAACAACAAGACAACUGGUAUGUACAAAGAUUGAGAGAAAUCUCCUUGUGCAACAUUAACACAAUACGGUAGUAAUUCUAUAGGAAAUGGUUUCUCACUGAUUAUAGACAGUAAUAGCGCAGUUUUACAGAAUCCAGCCAUAAAAUCGUGGAGGAACAGGGAAAACAUGGGAAAAUAUUCCCUUCUAUAAAAGCGUGGAUACGGCAGAAUCAAACUUCAUCUCCUGUCCAGUCCGCGAAUACACUUAUUAUAUGUAAUGAGGAGUUAACCUUAUCUCAUAGCCCCCUAAAUCCCAAAUUCUCAUAACUCAGAAACAGAACCAACCCUAAGCCCCCUCUAAACGACCUUUUAUCCGAACCUAAUCCUAAUCGCUCUCCAAGCUUUACCUUACAUUAGCGGCACUGUUAUAAAUGGGGACAUUGUAAGAGGAGGUGUGAUAAUACUGUGUUCUUAUAAACGUAUUAAUCUCUCUGCAUCGCUAUAGCAACGCAGGCUUUAUUACUGGCCAUUUCAACAAUAAUAUUUUAAAUACACAGGACCAAGUUAGAGAGAUUAUUCAAAGAAACAACAGCACAGCCUACAUCUGUUAAUUAAACAAAUAUAUUCUGUGUUACGAUAUAUUUGGAAAAAAAUAUUUUUUACCAGAUAAAGACGAGAAGGACUUUUGAUGAAACAGAUUGGAGUGACAUUCAGCAUGGUAUUAAUCGCUAUAGUCACAGAAUUUAUCACAUAGACACAGAAUGUAGCUUUUUCUUUUUGUAUCAAUUCACUACAAUUAGGGCUUUUGUAAAUAAACAUUUAUACGUAUUGCAACAAAGACAGAGAUUAUGAGAACUCUGUGAACGGAUAAAAGCUUACAGAAACCUAGCUUGCGUUUUGGUUAGUCCCCGCUCAGGGUUAAAACCAAUGCCAUUUGCAUAUCAGACGGUUCUUUGUCAGUGAGGUGCAGCUGAUACCCCACUAGGCACAGUGAGCAGGGGGUCCAUGUCUGGAUUAAUCGUUUAACGUAGGGGAACCUACGUUUAUUUGGUGUUUAUCUUGGCUUCCUGCUAUCAUUGUUUUAACUCAGAACUCAUUGUUUCUUGCAGAGGUACAAGCUCUACUUUUAGAUGACCUGCUCGUCCUGCUGCGGAAAAAGAGAAAUAAGAUGGUUCUUAAAUGUAAGGAAGAACGGGAUCCCAACACCAAGACAAAGAAAGUGUUCAGUCCUGUCAUCAAGCUGAACAAUCUGUUAGUCCGCACUGUAGCAACAGGUAACCCGCCACUCUCUCCUGGAAUGGGGUAAAAUCUGUAAAUAGCUCGUUUGACCAGGGUCCUCAUCAACCUAUUGUUCCUGUAACAUUUUGUAAGUUUAUAAUUUAUUGUUAAAUUUCCCCCUAUUAUAAUAUUGUAAAGCGCUGAUGAAAAAGUUGAUGAAAUAUAAACGCUAAUAAUAAUAAAAUAGAAGUAAUAAAUGGGAUGAUACAAUGGCUGUGAUUGUAACGCUUUCUAUAUUUGAUGAUAGAAACCUAUAUUUAUAUUAAUAGAUGCUGGGGAAUAACAGGGAAUGAAAUCUUUAACGAACAUCUAAAAUGUAGAUUACCUCGGAGUAAAUAAAUACUAUACGAUUCAUUUAAAAACAAAUAACUGAAAUCUGUAAAAAAUACAUAUAGAAACAUUAUAAUGCCAGUAAUACGGUAUUAUACAUAUAAGGUUGGGGAUAAUGAUCACAAAUGGAAUGCAUACAGAGACCAUCACUAUCAGCACUCACAAUCCACACGACAUUGGAGACUUUCAUGCUCAGUGUUUCUAUUUGACCGUUCAAUCUGCUAAUUUAAUUCUUCUCCUGGAAUCCUGUGUUUAUUCCUACAGAUCCGGAAUCAUUCUUUGUCAUGGAUACGUCGGAGUCACCCCAGCUGUACAAAUUCACCACAACCUCGACCUCCGAGAAAAAUAAGUAAGAAUGAAUGGCAAUCCCUUUUAGAUCAUUUAAUAAUCUAAAUCAAUUGUUUAAAGGCUCUAUUGCUGUCAUUGGGUUUAUAUCUAAUAUCGUAUAUAUCAAUAUAUAUAAUAUCACAAUAAUAUCUGUAGUUCAUAAUCCUACAUUGAUCAGACAGCAGAUAGUGAAUAUAUAGAAAUAUGUGAACUCACAGAUAUUUAUUAUCUUCUUCAAACAGUUGGAUUCAGAUGCUGAAAGCAGCAAAGAAAGAGGUGAUUGAUAAAAUUCGUCUGGGGGAAGAAGAAAUGAAAGAUCAAACACCCGAUGUCACAGUAAUUCCCCCUGACAGGUGAGAUGUUAGUGAAGGUGAUGAAAGUUAGCGAAGGAAACAUCUCAUUGCUUCAUAGCGUCAAUGCUGGACCAUUUCUCUCUAUACGAUUCUAUAGAGUGAAUAUAGAUAUAUAGAAUUAUAGCAAUUUAAGCAAUAUAUCUGUAUAGAUCAUGGUCACACUCUAAAUUAGUUUAUGAAAACGUUAGUGCUGUUUACUUUGGUAUUCUUUAUUAACAGCCUGUCUGUUAUUAGCCUAAUAUAUUCCUGUGUUUAUGUUACCCUCUCACCAGUGAUUUUGAUUAUCUCUCCCCCUCCUUCCUGCGUUUAAGUCUCUAUAACACUGUAUUUUUUAUAUUGCAGCAAAAUCAGACUCUACAAAGAGUGCCGUCGGAAUGUACUCCGUGACUUUUUUAAAAUCUGCAGGUAAUGACAUAAGAAACUAAUUGCUUUGUAUCUAUACACUGAAUUUCCAUCUGUUGCAUGUACUAUGUAGUGAUGUCCCGAACUGUUCACCGGCGAAUAGUUCCUGGCGAACAUCGCUUGUUCGCGUUCGCCACGGAUGGCGAACAUAUGCGCUGUUCGGUCCGCCCCCUAUUCGUCAUCAUUGAGUAAACUUUGACCCUGUACCUCACAGUCAGCAGACACAUUCCAGCCAAUCAGCAGCAGACCCUCCCUCCCAGACCCUCCUGGACAGCAUCCAUUUUACAUUCAUUGUGAAGCUGCAUUCUUAGUGAGAGGAGGGACAGUGUAGCUGCUGCUGAUUUGAUAGGGAAAUUGAUAGCUAGGCUAGUGUAUUCAGUGUCCACUACAGUCCUGAAGGACUCAUCUGAUCUCUGCUGUAAGGACAGCACCCCAAAAAGCCCUUUUUAGGGCUAGAACAUCAGUCUGCUUUUUUUUUUCUGUGUAAUGUAAUUGCAGUUGCCUGCCUGCCAGCCUGUGUGUCAGGCUCACAGCAUAUACUGUGCCCACUUGCCCAGUGCCACCACUCACUCACUGGUGUCACAAUAGCUUGCAUUUAAAAAAAACAAAACUUUUUUGACUGUAAUAUAAUAGCAGUCAGUUUCCUUCACGAGUGUGCAUUUCAGGGCCUGCCCAGUGCCACCACUCACUCACUGGUGUCCCAAUAGCUUGCAUUUAAAAAAAACAAAACUUUUUUGACUGUAAUAUAAUAGCAGUCAGUUUCCUUCACGAGUGUGCAUUUCAGGGCCUGCCCAGUGCCACCACUCACUCACUGGUGUCCCAAUAGCUUGCAUUUAAAAAAAACCAAAACUUUUUGGACUGUAAUAUAAUAGCAGUCAGUUUCCUUCACGAAUGUGCGUUUCAGGGCCUGCCCAGUGCCACCACUCACUGGUGUCACAAUAGCUUGCAUUUAAAAAAAACAAAACUUUUUGGACUGUAAUAUAAUAGCAGUUAGUUUCCUUCACGAGUGUGCGUUUCAGGGCCUGCCCAGUGCCACCACUCACUCACUGGUGUCCCAAUAGCUUGCAUUUAAAAAAAACAAAACUUUUUGGACUGUAAUAUAAUAGCAGUCAGUUUCCUUCACGAGUGUGCGUUUCAGGGCCUGCCCAGUGCCACCACUCACUCCUGGUGUUACAAUAGCUUGCAUUUUAAAAAGUCAAAACUUUUUGGACUGUAAUAUAAUAGCAGUCAGUUUUCUUCACGAGUGUGCGUUUCAGGGCCUGCCCAGUGCCACCACUCACUCACUGGUGUCCCAAUAGCUUGCAUUUAAAAAAACCAAAACUUUUUGGACUGUAAUAUAAUAGCAGUCAGUUUCCUUCACACGUGUGCGUUUCAGGGCCUGCCAGGGCACAGUGUCACACCAGUGCAACUCAUAUCUGGUGUAACAGUAGUGUAUAUUUAAAAAAAAAAUACAAUUUUGAUUGUAAUAGAUUGAAUAGCAGUUAGUUGUCUGCAAGCGUGUGUGUCAGGCCUACAGCGUCUACUCUGCCAACUUCUGCCACUGCACAGUGCCACUCAUAUAUGUUGUCACAGUAGCUUGCAUGCAUAGUACCACUAAUGGAAAAAAAAAUGACAGGCAGAGGCAGGCCACCCCGCAGGGGCCGUCGUGGUCGUGGUGCUGUGAUUCCCUUUGGCCCUAGAAUAAUGCCCAGUGUUCAGAGGCCACGUACCCUAAACUCGAAAAGUUCUGAGGACAUAGUUGACUGGCUAACACAGGACACCCAAUCUUCUACAGCUUCCGCUCAGAACCUUGACACACCAUCCUCCUCCAGCUUAGCUUUGGGCACCUCUCAAGUUACCACUCGCCGCCACCACCAACACUAGCACCACAGCAGCUUCACUUGGUAUGUCAGAGGAGUUAUUUACACAUCAGUUGGAAGAAAUGAGUGAUGCGCAACCAUUAUUGCCAGAGGAUGUAGAUAACAGGGAUAUGUCUCAGUCAGGCAGCAUUACACACACAUGGACGUAUGGUGUGAUGAUGAUGAUGUUGUACCCGCUGCUGCUUCCUUUGCUGAGAUGUCAGAUACAAGUGAAGCGGUUGAUGAUGACGAUGCGUCCGUGGAUGUCACGUGGGUGCCCGCUAGAAGAGAAGAAAAACAGGGGGAAAGUUCAGAUGGGGAGACAGAGAGGAGGAGGAGGAGACGAGUUGGAAGCAGGGGGAGGUCGUCGCAAGGAGCUAGUGGCACAGUCAGACAGCAUGCAUCAGCACCCGGGGUCAGCCAGACAGCACGCCAAUCAACGCAUGCUGUUGCCACCACCAGAAUGCCGUCAUUGCAGAGCUCAGCAGUGUGGCAUUUUUUUUGUGUGUCUGCCUCUGACAACAGCGAUGCCAUUUGCAACCUGUGCCAAAAGAAACUGAGUCGUGGGAAGUCCAACACCCACCUAGGUACAACUGCUUUGCGUAGGCACAUGAUCGCACAUCACAAACGCCUAUGGGAUCAACACAUGAGUACAAGCAGCACACAAACUCAAAGCCGCCAUCCUCCUCCUGGUCCAGCAUCUUCAGCCACGUUAACCACUGCUGUCCUCCUUGCCCCCUCUCAACCAUCCGCCCCUCCGUCUCUCGCCUUGAGCAGUUCCUGCUCAUCUGCCCACAGUCAGGUGUCUGUCAAGGACAUGUUUGAGCGUAAGAAGCCAAUGUCACAAAGUCACCCCCUUGCCCGGCGUCUGACAGCUGGCUUGACUGAACUCUUAGCCCGCCAGCUUUUACCAUACAAGCUGGUGGAGUCUGAGGCGUUCAAAAAAUUUGUAGCUAUUGGGACACCGCAGUGGAAGGUAGCCGGCCGAAAUUUCUUUGAACAAAAGGCAAUCCCCAACCUGUACUCGAUUGUGCAAAAGGAAGUAAUGGCAUGUCUGGCACACAGUGUUCUGGCAAGGGUCCAUCUGACCACUGAUACCUGGUCUGCAAAGCAUGGUCAGGGCAGGUAUAUCACCUACACUGCGCAUUGGUUAAACCUGCUGACGGCUGCCAAGCAUGGAAUGCGUGGCUCUGCAGAGGAGUUGGUGACACCGCCACGACUUGCAGGCAGGCCAGCUGCCACCUCCUCUACUCCUCCUACUCCAUCCUCUUCCAUAACCUCCUCGGCUGAGUCCUCUUAUGCUGCUGCGUCUUGCUCCACAUCAACGGCACCCCCCCAGCUCCCCAGGUACUAUCCCACAUCCCGUAUAUGGCAGUGUCACGCCGUCUUGGGGUUGACUUGCCUGAAAGCAGAGAGUCACACCGGACCAGCACUCCUGUCCGCACAGGUGGAUCAGUGGCUGACUCCGCACCAACUGGAGAUCGGCAAAGUGGUUUGUGGCAACAGAAGAAAUUUGUUGGCGGCAUUGCAUUUGGGCAAGUUGACACAUGUGCCGUGCAUGGCACAUGUGUGUAAUCUGAUCGUACAACGCUUUGUGCAUAAGUACCCAUGCUUACAGGACGUCCUGAAGCAGGCCAGGAAGGUGUGUGGCCAUUUCAGGCGUUCCUACAUGGCGAUGGCGCACUUUUCAGAUAUCCAGCGGCGAAAAAACAUGCCAGUGAGGCGCUUGAUUUGCGACAGCCCGACACAUUGGAAGGCCGGCAAGGACAGGACGCUUUACAGACGUGUUGUUGAUGGAGGACAUGCAGAGCUUUUUAAGUCCUACGCAUCGUCACAGCCCUUCGGGGUCCACCCUCAGAGAACGACUCGACCGACAGGUAGCAGACUACCUCGCCUUAACUGCAGAUAUCGACACUCUGAGGAGCGAUGAACCCCUUGACUACUGGGUAUGCAGGCUUGACCUGUGGCCUGAGCUAUCCCAAUUUGCGAUAGAACUUCUGGCCUGCCCCGCUUCAAGUGUCCUGUCAGAAAGGACCUUCAGUGCAGCAGGAGGUAUUGUCACUGAGAAGAGAAGUCGCCUAGGUCAAAAAAGUCUAGAUUACCUCACCUUUAUUAAGAUGAAUGAGGGAUGGAUCCCGAAGGGACUGACAGUGGGUGAUACAUUCGACUAAAAAAGGCCUGAUGAGGGGGACGUAACAGGGUGUCGCGGCUGCAGGCCUGCCGUGUGAUAUUUAAAUCCCUAGCUCACCCCAGUCCUGUUCCUGGUUUCCCGAGAGUGCUUUAUAAUUGUGAAUCUGAUUUCCUGGUAUCCUGAUCUUGGCUUUUCCCUGGUUAUUCUGAAUUCUGGUUUCCCUGACUUGGCUUGUGUAAACGGUAUUGUGUAUUUUCUGGCUUCCUUGACCUCGGCUUUCCAUUUGACCAUUCUCUGUCUCUAGUGUAUUAGUCCGGCCAUUCUAAGGUCUGGUUUACAUUCUGUCCAUUUAUUUUCCUUUUCUUGCCUAUGUAUAUGUUUACAUAGUUUCUGCGUGCUGGACCACACUAGUAGUCGUGACAUUGGGAUUAAACUGAUAAGAAUAGUACUACUUAACACACCACUCCUAUCUGGUGGCACAUUAGAUUGCACGUGCAGUGCCCCACAUUUGAAGUAGGAGGACCGACCAAGCAUCUUUUUCCAUCUCCCGGUUCCUAAAAUCGAUGCCAUAUACACGUCCCCUGAUAGGGGACGUAACAGGGAUUAAACUGAUAGGAAUAGUACUACUUAACACACCUUAUAAUAACGCAGAGAGAGGCAACGCAGAGAGAGGAGUCUGAAGAAGAGGAGUCAGAGCAGGAAGGUGGCUUUGAGGAGGUGGAAGACCAAACACAGCAGGCGUCCCAGGGGGCUUGUUGUCACCUUUUGGGGACCCUUGGUGUUGUACGUGGCUGGGUGGAGGAAGAGACCUUCAAUGACAUCAGUGAGGACAUGGAACGGGACAUGGCUAGCUUGGUAUCCAACCUUGUGCAAAUGGGGAGUUUGCGGUUGUGCAAAUGGACUGUUUGCGGUUGUUUGCGGUGCGUUAAACGGGGAGUUUAAUCUGUCACUGUGAAGCGGGCAUAACCCUUACACUACCUGAUCAAUACAACAUCAUACCUGAUGUUUUAAAGCACGUUAUUCCAAACAAUUUAGGAAUGUUAGGUGAUUUAUGCCCUUUAUGGAUUAAAACCAAACUCUGCAUCAACUAUGUAAUUUUCCAUGGGAGUUUUGCCAUGGAUCCCCCUCCGGCAUGCCACAGUCCAGGUGUUAGUCCCCUUGAAACAACUUUUCCAUCACUAUUGCGGCCAGAAAGAGUCCCUGUGGGUUUUAAAAUUCGCCUGCCUAUUGAAGUCUAUGGCGGUUGGCCCGGUUCGCCAGUUCGCGAACAUUUGCGGAAGUUUGCGUUCGCCAUUCGAGAACCGAAAAUUUUAUGUUCGCGACAUCAUUAGUACUAUGUAAAGAGUUAAUAACACCAUGUGACUCACCUCCUUCAGUUUAACCCAUUUGUUCUGCAUCUCACUAACCAAUUCUUCAUCCAACAGCUCACUCACCAUCUUUCCCAGAUCGCUUGCAGAUUGUUGCACAGCUUUGUAUAAUGUUAAAUAAGAAAAGACAAUACUCUCCUUUAACUAAACUCAUCUUAUCAUUACGCCCACCUGUCCACACUCUCUCCAUUCAGCCUGUCAUGUCUCUUACAGCAUUCUGCAGGUCCCUACUCUCUGAGCAAGGGUUCUUCCUGACGUCUUGUGAACCUAGUGUUUUGUAUAUUUUCUAUAAUUUACUUACUGUAUACUCAUUGUCUUCUAUUGUCUCCACAAUUAGUGCACAUUGAAUCUAAUUUAAAUUUUACUGAUUGUAAACCAGUAAUCCUUAUAAUUGUAAAAUCAUGGAUACAUUUCUCUUACUUCACAAUAGUAUUCCCCCACACAACCUCUUGCCUCAAUAUAUAUUUCCCCUCUGGAUUGUAAGCUCACAGGCAGAGCUCUUCUUUUGUUUUACUGUCUAGUUAUGUGUCCCCUGUUUGUAGAAUUACCAACGCCCCUUUAUGUAAUAUAGAAAGCACUUUGGAUUAGAGCGCUAUAGAAGAACUGUUAAAUAAAUAAAUAGAAAUGUAUGAACUCACAGAUAUUAUAAUCUUCUUCAAACAGCUGUAUGAAGGAGCCAGAAGAAAGAGUGGCGAUUUAUGAACCAUUUUGCAAGACAGAAAUAAAAUUUAAAACACCCGAUGUCCCAGUAAUUCCCCCUGACAGGUGAGAUGUCAGUGAAGCUGAUGAAAGUUAGUGAAGGAAACAUCUCAGUGCUUCAUAGUGUCAAUGCUGGACCAUUUCUCUCUAUGGGAUUCUAUAGAGUGAAUCUCGAUAUAUAGAAUUAUAACGGAAUCAUAAUCUGCUAUAAUCUUCUUGCAAACAGCUGUAUUAAAACGGUUGAAGAACCAGUAUACGAGGUGAUUGAUGAACCAUCUGAGGACGAGGAUAUAAGCGAUCAAACAGCCGAUGUCCCAGUAAUUCCCCCUGACAGGUGAGAUGUUAGUGAAGCUGAUGAAAGUUAGUGAAGGAAACAUCUCAGUGCUUCAUAGAGUCAAUGCUGGACUAUAGAGUGAAUCUCGAUAUAUAGAAAUAUAACGGAAUUAUAAUAUGCUAUAAUCUUCUUGCAAACAGCUGUAUUAAACCGGUUGAAGAACCAGUAUACGGGGGGAUUGGUGAACCGUCUCGGGAUGAGGAUAUAAGCGAUCAUACACCCGAUGUCCCAGUAAUUCCCCUUGACAGGUGAGAUGUCAGUGAAGCUGAUGAAAGUUAGUGAAGGAAACAUCUCAGUGCUUCAUAGUGUCAAUGCUGGACCAUUUCUCUCUAUGGGAUUCUAUAGAGUGAAUCUCAAUAUACAGAAUUAUAACGGAAUUAUAAUCUGCUAUAAUCUUCUUGCAAACAGCUGUAUUGAGACGGUUGAAGAACCAGUAUACGAGGUGAUUGAUGAACCAUCUGGGGACGAGGAAAUAAAAGAUGAAAUACCCAGAGUUACAGUAGUUAUCCCUGACAGGUGAGCUAAUGAAGCGGGAGGAGGAGGGGGGGGAGGAGGGCUAUUACUGUAACAGACUAAAGUUAUAGUUAUUGUUUAUGGGAAAAUGGAAAAGGACCCUUAAAGUAUAAAAAGAAUGGACCCCUAAAGGGACACUAUAGUCACCAAAACAUCUUUAGCUUAAUAAAGCAAUAUAGCUGUAUAGAUCAUGGUCACACUCUAAAUUAGUUUAUCAAAACGUUAGUGCUGUUUACUUUGGCAUUCUUUAUUAACAGCCUGUCUGUUAUUAGCCUAAUAUAUUCCUGUGUUUAUGUUACCCUCUCACCAGUGAUUUUGGUUAUCGCUCCCCCUCCUUCUUGCGUUUAAGUCUCUAUGACACUGUAUUUUUAUAUUGCAGCAAAUUCAGACUCUGCAAAGAUUGCUGUUGGAAUGGAUUCUGUGACUGUUUACAAAUCUGCAGGUAAUGAGAUAAGAAACUAAUUGCUUUGUAUCUGUACUCUGGAUUUCCAUCUGUUGCAUGUACUAUGUAAAGAGUUAAUAACACCAUGUGACUCACCCCCCCCCCUUCAGUUUAACCCAUUUGUUGUGCAUCUCACUAACCAAUUCUUCAUCCAACAGCUCACUCGCCAUCUUUCCCAGAUCGCUUGCAGAUUGUUGCACAGCUUUGUGUAACGUUAAAUAAGAAAAGACUAUACUCUCCUUGUCCACACUGUCCACACUCUCUCCAUUCAGCCUGCCAUGUCUCUUACAGCAUUCUGCAGGUCCCUACUCUAUGAGCAAGGGUUCCUCCUGACGUCUUGUGAACCUAGUGUUUUGUAUAUUUUCUAUAAUUUACUUACUGUAUACUCAUUGUCUUCAACUGUCUCCACAAUUAGUGCACAGUGAUUUUGCAUUGAAUCGAAUUUAUAUUUUCUCCAUACUCACCGUGUACGGUAUACUGAUUGUAAACCUUAUAAUGUAAACCUUAUAACGGUAAAAUCACGGAUACAUUUCUCUUACUUCACAAUAGUAUUCCUCCCCGCAACCUCUUGCCUCAAUAUACAUUUCCCCUCUAGACUGUAAGCUCACAGGCAGAGCUCUUCUUUUGUUUUACUGUCUAGUUAUGUGUCCCCUGUUUGUAGAAUUACCAACGCCCCUUUAUGUAAUAUAGAAAGCACUUUGGAUUAGAGCGCUAUAGAAGAACUGUUAAAUAAAUAAAUAGAAAUGUAUGAACUUACAGAUAUUAUAAUCUUCUUCAAACAGCUGUAUGGAGGAGCCAGAAGAAGGAGUGGCGAUUUAUGAAACAAUUUGCAAGACAGAAAUAAAAUGUUAA